AUGCAGACUGCUUCUACAAACAUUUGAGAAAGAACUGUGCAAUAAGUCCAUCCGUGAAAUUUCCUUGCUACUAAAUCUUCCACGGUCAACUGUUAGUGGUAUUAUAGCAUAGUGGAAUCAACUGGGAACAAAAGCAAGAAGUGGUAGGCCACAUAAAAUGACAGAGCGGGGUCAGCACAGGCUGAAACGCACAGUGCGCAGAAGUCACCAACUGUCUGCAGAGUCAAUAGCUAAAAACCUCCAAACUUCAUGUGGCCUUCAGAUUAGCACAAUAGUGCGUACAGAGCUUCAUGGAAUGGGUUUUCAUGGCUGAGCAGCUGCAUCCAAG